UUUCAUUGAGGUCUACCAUCGUGCGGAUUGGCUGCAUUAUUCAUGCUUUCUUGUAUUCACCACCUACAAAGGAUGGUGACAAUUGCCAGAUUUGCGGGUUUGCCCUGGGUUGGAAAAGAGGGUGGGUGAACAUCGGUGCAACGUCAUCAAACCUGCAUGUGCUGGCCCGGCCCGGCGCCAAAGUCUUGCUUGCGUGGUUUCUUCGCACAGGGCUGGUGCCUGGGCUCUUCAGGAGCCAUGGCAUGCCGAGUGACGUCGAAGGCGUCGGGCGUGGUGAACGCCCCGGUGCUGGUGACACCCUCCGGUGUGCCCAAAGAGCAGUUGCAGGAGGAGGACCUCUUCCUGCUGGCUGCCGGCUCGGGCGAGCUGCUCAAGCUGCCGACGAAGUCGGCACCGAAGGCCGCGAGGCUGACGGUGUCCCGGGCCGCGAAGGUCUCAGACAGCGCGGCGGUGUUCCAAGCGGUCUUCGAGCGGAGGAGUGACGUGACAGCUAUUUGCCACAUUCACUCAGUGCCUGCCAUCGUCGCAGCGGAGAACAAGGAGGUGCUGCGAAUCCGCGACUCCGAAAUGAUCAAAGGCUUGGGCGUGUCCGGAGACGGAGUGCUGGUGGUGCCCAUCAUCGACAACAAGGCCACUGAACCGGACCUGGUGCCCGACCUGAUUCGAGCACUGCAGAGGUACCCCUCUUGUCCAGCGGUGCUGGUGCGCGAUCAUGGAGCUUAUGUCUUUGGCAGCUCUGCAGAGAAGGCCAAGAUCGCCACGGAGUGUUUGGGCUUUCUCUUGGACCUUGAGAUCCGGAGGAGCCGGGAGGAAGUUGUGGAGGCGCCACGGAAGCGGCUUCGACGAGGCCCUGCGGUGGUGCUUCUGGACGUGGAGGGCACCACGACGCCGAUCUCUUUUGUGAAGGAGAAGCUCUUCCCGUAUGCGGCCACUGCAGUUGACUCCUGGAUCCAAACUGCAAACCUAGCAGAUGUGGCCAAAGAGUUUGAGAAGCAGUGCAAGGAGGACCAGGUGCCUUUCAUUUGGUCAAAGGAAGAGGUUCUGCGGCUGACCAAGGAGUGGAUUGCCAAAGACCGGAAGGUUCCAGCCUUGAAAGAUUUGCAGGGCAAGCUGUGGAAAGCCGGCUACGAGAAAGGGGAGCUCAAGGGCGAGAUGUUCGAGGACACCCCCGAGGCCAUGGCUGCCUGGGUGGCCGCCGGGAAGCGCGUGGCCAUCUUCUCCAGCGGCAGUCGCGAGGCCCAACGACUCAUCUAUCAGUACUCAGACAAGGGAGACUUGACAAGCUACCUGUCGGCGUACUUCGAUCCCAAGUCAGCACAGGCCUCAAAGCAAGAGGCCAAGGCCUAUGAGGAGAUCGCUUUAUCCAUGGGCAUCAAUCCUAGCGAAGGCCUCUUCUGCACUGACGUGCUGGGCGAAGCCCAAGCUGCCCGAAAGGCGGGCUGGCAAGCAGUAUUGCUGAAGCGACCUGGCAAUGCCCCGCUGCCUGAGAGCCACGGUUUCCGUGAAGCCACAAGCUUGUUAGAUGUGUGAGCAGGGCCAGGCGGGUCUUGGUCUGUGAGACUCAGCGGUGGGUCGGAGGAUUUCCCUGACCGAGCUGCUUCGCUUUGUGUGGUGGUUGAUCGAGGGGUCUUUCAAAUUGUUAGACUGUCGAUCAAGUGCCACAUAAGGCUGCAAGCCCCUUUUUCCGCUUUUGGAAUCCUGACAUGUUUGAAGCAGACAUCAAAAAAGACACCUCCAAUGGCCCCCAGUUGCGGGGUCGGAGUGCCAGAAGUGCU